CCGAGCAGUUCGGACGUGCAUCGCGCGAGGACGGCGACUCAGUUAGCGGCGAGCCGCCACGAAGUUAGGGUUGCUUUUUUUUUCUCUCCUUGUCAUUUUUCGCGUCCGAGUUGAGCGUCGUGUUCCGCGAUUCAUUCCCUUUCCUCGCUAUAUUACCUUCUACAUACCGGCUAAAUCCACUGAUCGCCCAUCGAGAAAGAUUCUAUGAUCGUUUGCAGGAUAUCAAAUUGAUCGGUAGUAAUGAAGCUACUGAGGCAAUUGUACUCUUGCACAGGGUACACCUAAAAAAAAAAAAAAGAGAACUUUUCCGUUUCUUUUCUUUUUGUCCUUACGAUCGAGCCAAAGUUUUCCUUUGCAAAGCGGAUAUACGGUCUCCUUCUGUUACCUUUCGAGAGAUCCUCUUCCAUGUACGAAUCUGAAACUGUUUUUUGGUCGCACGAGGAGGCCUGAAAAGGAAGGAAGGAAAAGAAGAGAACUAACCAGGAAUCUCAUAGAAAGCGUCGAUAUGACAACGACGACGACGUCGACGGCGACGACGGCGACGACGACGACGACAACGACAACGACGACGACGAUGAGAAGGAUGUAAAGAAAAGGUGUGUGGGAUAGAAAGAGAAAGAGAGAAAAGUAGAGAGCAGAGAAAAGGGUUCGACGUCAUUUCCUUCCCUCUCGUUUCCCUCCCUUUUACAAAGGGGUCAGAGUUCGGGGUGCCUGAAAGGGCUCCGCGGUACGAGACAUCGAGAGAGAGAGAAAGAGAGAGUGAGAGAGAGAGAGAGAGAGAGAGAGAGAGAGAGAGAGAGAGAGAGAAAGAGGAUCUUCCUGAUACUUCGUAAAAUCGAAAGGGGAAGAAAAUAAAGGAAAAUAAUGUCGAUAAUUUCGAUAGGAUCCUCAUGGAUCCUAGCCGCUCUUUGCGGCCUAGUGUUGGUCCAAACGAGGAGUUCCACCGCCGGUGGUGAAAUUUAUGCAAAAAUGUUCUCCAGUCAACAAAACCCUUCGGAUCCUUGUUACGACGAGGACAGACCGAGAAGGUGCAUCCCGGAUUUCGUGAACGCCGCGUUCGGUGCGGCGGUCGAGGCCUCCUCGACCUGUGGCAGCGGAGGUCCUACGAGAUAUUGCGACGUAAACGAGCAGGCCGGUGGAUCGAUCGGUAUCGGGCAGUGUCACAUUUGCGACGACAGUACGCCUAGGCGGCGAUUCCCGGCUAGCUAUCUGACCGACCUAAACAACCCGAACAACGUGACGUGCUGGCGCAGCGAGCCCCUCGUCACGUCGCAAAGCUUCUCCGCGCCGCCGGACAACGUCACGCUAACCCUAUCGCUCGGGAAGAAGUACGAGCUAACUUACGUAAGCCUACAGUUCUGUCCGCGCGCUGCCAAGCCCGACUCGAUCGCCAUUUACAAGUCGAUGGACUACGGGAAGACCUGGCAGCCCUUUCAGUUCUACUCGUCCCAGUGCCGGCGGGUCUACGGUAGGCCAAACAGGGCGACGAUCACGAAGGCGAACGAGCAGGAGGCAAGAUGCACGGACAGUCAUCGUUACACGGGAGGCGACGGUUUAGGACCGGUCGGUCGGAUAGCCUUCAGCACCCUAGAGGGCCGGCCAUCGGCGGCGGACUUUGACAAUUCUCCGGUUCUCCAGGACUGGGUAACCGCGACCGACGUAAGGGUCGUCUUCAAUAGAUUACACAUGCCCCAACAGCCCAGUCAGGAUCAGGUCUCGCAAUUGGGAGUCGUCGACGAGCACGUAGGCCUCGGCGUCGAGGAACUCGCGAAACGCGAGAGAGAACGCGAGAGGGAACGCGAGGAGAGAUUGAAGAAUCAAAAGAGCAAUCUAUUGCACGGGGUCGAUGGUUUUGUUACCGCUCUUCCCCCCUCGAUCCAUUCUCAUCAGGUGAUCGCGUCGCGCGAAAUGCAAUCGAACGACGCUCUCGACGUCGCGCAAGAUAUGGGCUUUGUAGCAGUGACCGGGAGCACCAGCACCAUCGGCACGACGACAACCACCACGAUCUCCAGUAAUCUUGGUGGCUUGAACGUAGUCGGUACCGGUACCCUCGCGCAUCACUACGCCGUCUCGGACUUUGCCGUGGGCGGCAGGUGCAAGUGCAACGGCCACGCGGCAAGGUGCAUCCCCGGCAAGGACGGCGAGGUCGUCUGCGAGUGCAAGCACAACACCGCCGGUAGAGAUUGCGAGAGGUGUCGGCCAUUCCACUUUGAUCGACCCUGGGCCAGGGCCACUGCGAGGGACGCCAACGAGUGCAAAGAGUGCAACUGCAAUCUCCACGCGAGAAAGUGCAGAUUCAACAUGGAACUUUACAAGCUGUCGGGCCGUGUCAGCGGAGGCGUUUGCCUGCAGUGCCGGCAUUUUACAGCAGGAAGGCACUGUCAUUAUUGCCGAGAAGGUUACUACAGGGAUCCGGCGAGGCCGAUCACGCAUCGCAAGGCCUGCAAACCGUGCGACUGCCACCCGAUCGGAGCUUCUGGAAAGACCUGUAAUCAGAACACCGGUCAGUGUCCCUGUAAGGACGGUGUAACCGGUACUACUUGUAACAGAUGUGCCAGAGGAUACCAACAGAGCAGAUCGCACAUUGCUCCUUGCAUCAAAAUACCGAGGGUCGUGCAAACGCAGGGCACAGCGGGCGAGGAGAGCGGGGAACACGAGGACGAAGACGACGAGCGUGGAUACGAUGGAAGAGCCGAUCAAUGUGGAAAGUGUCGAGCUAGCACGAAGAGACUGAAUCUGAACAAAUAUUGCAAAAGAGAUUACGCUAUACUUGGAAGAAUAACGGACAGGCACAAGAAGAGCGAUGGUUCGCAAAGCGGUAGUAGCGUCUCUGGGACAUCUUGGAUACGGUUCACAUUGAACGUCGAUUUUAUAUACAAAAAGACUCCAAACUCGAGGAUUCGACGCGGCGACGUACCGCUCUACGUGCACUCCGCAGAUUUGGCCUGCAGAUGCCCCAAGAUAAAACCCAACAAAUCGUACUUGAUCCUCGGCCAAGAGAGCGACGGUGGAGGUCAAGGUGGUCUCACUGUGACGCAGAGAUCGAUCGUCAUCGAGUGGCGCGACGAAUGGCAUCGUCGAAUGCGUCGCUUCCAACGUAGAGCGAGAUCUUGCCAUUGAAGGAGCAGCAAGUCAUCGGCACAUACGAGGACGUAGAGAGAGAGAGAGAGAGAGAGAGAGAGAGAGAGAGAGAGAAAGAGAGAAAAAGAACUAAGAAAGAUUAUGAAGGAUUCGCCCCACCCGCCUUUAUAGAGGAGCCUGCUACCUUGAUUUUUCUAAUCGCGAAUACCGCCCGAGUAUCGAUCGGUGUUCCCACACCUCGCGAACGCUCGCGAUGAUUCCGUUUACGGUCCACGAUAAGAAAGAGAGAGAAAGAAAGAAAAAAAGAAAGGAAAAAAAAAAGCAAAAAAAAAUAUACAAAAGAAAAUGCAAAAAAAAUUACAAAAAAAAAUUAAAAACAAAAAAAAAAAGAAAAAAAAGGAAAACAAGCCAAGGCGAAUAUCGGUACUCGCGCGUCAGCUCGAUUAUAUUUCCAGCGCGAGUAUCGAUAAUCGUACGUCUUCCGUGCUCGAUGUCCACCAUACCAUUAACUAUCUCGCACUCCCUGUGCCGGUAUUAUUCGAGACACUACUGAUUAUCGAAGAUAAGGAUAAAGGUUUCAAGCGCGUUCGACGCUUCAAAUUUUGAUUUACUCGCGGCGGUGUCGGCGGCAAUAGUAGCAGCAGCAGAAGCAUCAACAGCAGCAGCAUCAUCAGUAGUAGCGGCAGUCUCGCCUUAAGUCGUUCUCAACCCUUCUGUCGAAAACGAGCGUGCGAACGAGAGAGGGAGAGAGAGAGAGAGAGAGAAAGAAAGAAAGAAAAAAAGAGAGAUAGCAUGAACAAGCACGCGACCCGAAAGAAUGAAUGCGUGUGUAAAUGAAUGCGAGCGAGAGAAAGAGAGAGAAAGAGAGAAAAGAAAAACAGAAAGAGAGAGAGAGAGAGAGAGAGAAACAAGUGGACAAGCUAGUGAAACGAGAAGAGUUAAGCGCAAGGCACAGAAUAUAUUUAGCUGUCGUAUAUUAUCAUCAAAGCCAUAUCGUGCUGUCGGCUCAAGGAGCGAAGAACCGUCGGCUUUGGACAUAUACGUUGGACACGAGCCACGAUUACGAGGGCCCCAAAAUGGUCCUCCGCUUGCUGACAUUUCGCAGCCACAAAAAAUCGCUUCCUCCUCGUGUCGUCUCGCGACUCGCGCGAUUCCAAAGACACGAUCUUUUCGCGUUUAACACAACAUUAUACAUUUUUACCGAUAAAAGUUAAGAAACCUUAAAGAUACGUAUAUACAUACGUACAUACAUACAUACAUACAUACAUACAUACAUACAUACAUAUAUCUUUGACGAUAUAAAUGUCUCGAAUAAAUCGAAGUGUUACUUAACUAUUGUCGGUAAGUUUAAUUUCCGUAAAUAAAUUGGAACGAUCGACUUCUCCUUUCGUUUCGCGUUAAUGCGAAUAAAAGGGAUGAGCGGCGGCGAAACCAUGAGAAUUCCAUAAGACCGUGCGACCGACGACUGUAAAUGGCACAAAACUUCCAUAUACGCUAGCCCCGAGGCCUUUCCUCGAGCCCACCUCCUUCCUCCUACUCCGUCUCCUACAUCGCCUCUUCUUUUUUAAUUUAUUUAUUCUUCUUCGCUCGUACGACGAUAACGCGUCGACACGACACGACACGAAACAUCCUACGCUCAACACGUACGCACGCACGUACACGUACACGUACACACACACACACACACACACACACACAGAGGGAAAGACAGACAGAUACACACGUACAUACAUACAUAUAUACGGACAGAUGUAUGGACAUACAAGUAUUUGCAUAUACACGCGCAUACACACACGCGACAGAGAUACGCAAAAAAAAAGGAAACAAAAACAAAAGAAAAAG